AUGUGGGGGGUGUGGCGUGCUUCUGCGUCGUGUCGUGGGUUCCGUAGGCGACCGCGCGGCGCGGAAAGCGGGCGUUCGGGGCCGGCGCGGGGCACCUUGUCCCCGGGGAGCGGCGUGAAGAGCGAGUACAUGAAGCGCUACCAGGAGCCGCGCUGGGACGAGUACGGGCCUUGCUACCGUGCGCUGCGCCACUACCGCCUGGGUCGCCGGCUGCUGGAGCAGGCGCACGCGCCCUGGCUCUGGGACGACUGGGGCCAGGCCGGCGCCUCGGACGACUCGGCGUCGUCGGCGUCGUCGGGCACCGGGGGCCCCACGCCCCAGUGCGUCCCGGCCUCGCCGCCGCAGCCCGCGGAGCCUGAGGCGCGUGGAGGGCCGGAGGAACGGGGCAUGGAGGCCGCGGGGGACGCGGCGCCGCCAGCACUGCCAGUGAAAGAUGUAAAAGAGAAACCUGAACGACAGAUCAGGAUGAGAGACCCUGAAAAAUCAGCCAGCGGUCCUGACCCUCAGCAACCACCAAGUGCCUUAGCUGCCCGAGGAAGCAGGAGAGCCAUCAAGAGUCCUCAGAGGUCAUCCACUAAGAUAAAAGAACAGAAGCACCCGUUAGCCCUCUAUGGGUGGGGAGAGAAACAGACGGACACAGGAAGCCAGAAAACUCACAACGUCUGCGCUUCUGCCCCCGUGCGGGAGAUCCAUGAAUCGGCACUGCGAGCCAAGAGCAGAAGGCAGGUGGAGAAGAGGCGGCUGGCGGCUCAGAGGCAGCGGGCUCACUCUGCUGAUGUGGAGAAAAAUAGGCGGGUCAAGCCUGCCUCCUCAGAGAACCCAUGGAUGACGGAGUAUAUGAGAUGCUACUCUGCCAGAGCUUGAGGGAAGGAACAGUUGCUUGGACAACCUCUUUUUAAAAGUGUAAAUGAAAGAAAAGAACAAAACAAAAACUACCAAAAGAAACUGGACACAGGUUUAAGAAACCAACUGAUUAUGCAAGGUUUUUCUUGGGGAAUUUCCAAAAGAUUGUCUCUUUUGAUGAAUCCUGGUCACCCGCCUCAGGAGUAGGGUGACAACUGAAGCCAUAGACAUUCGGUUAUUUAUGAGGAGAAUUCCCUAAAUCUUUGAUAUUCUUCUAAGGGGUUUGUUUUAAAGCAUCUUAAUCUUUUAAGAUACUGACACCACAUGCCUUUAAAUGGCUGACAGAUGCUUAACUUCAGUUUCUAGGUUCAGGUUAGGUGAAGCCCGUUUUCCUCCUGUUCUGAACAGCUCCUCAGAUUCCAGAGCUGGCAAGCUCACGCCAGCUUGCCACAGAAGAUUCCUUUUCCUUAUGUGUAGUUUGCUUUGGGAAAGAAUAUCAAGCUAAAAGUGAAUUUCAGCACUAUUGUUGAUACCAUGUAUAGUGAAAGCAUUGUAGAACAUUGGUAGUUCCUAAACAAUUAAAUGUUUUUUUGUGUUUCAGUUCAAGCACCACUUCAUGUGGACUGUGAUAUUUAAGAACUAUCUGGACUGGAUGAGGGUCAUCCUUUCUCUUUAAAUUGUCAUCUAGGCACUUAUUAAUAGUUUAGUUCAAGUGCAUUCCAAAUGAAAUGUUUAGACGUAGUACUGAAGUUUCUUUUGAGUCAAAGACUGUCACUUUUUAUUGAGAUUUUUAAAGGACACUUAAUGGGGUACCAGUCACUUGCUGCAAUCUGGCCUUUUGGCACUCACCCACUGUGGAGUUUUGCCUCUGCUAGAAGAGUUUAGCAAUGAUACUUAGAAUUUAAAAUCUAAAAUUUCACUUAGUAAAUUGACAUUGU